GGGGGUGGAGGAGGUAUGAAGCUGUGUGUGUAACUUCCUCUCCUCAUUGAUAUAAACACGAGCCGGGGAGGAAGUGAGUGUCUGGAACUGGCAAUCGCCCAGAGCUCUCACACAGGAACAGGCGUUGGCUCCAGCCCGUCACAAGCACUGACAAGCCUGAACGGCAGGCUUUAACCCCGGCGCUACCCACAGGCAGCACAAUCACUGGGCUGUGUACGUACCGGGGGGAGUGCUCGCUGGUGUGUUUGUGCUUGUGAGGGGCUGUGUGGUGCGGAGCAGGGCUGUGAGCAGUCCCUGGCUGAGUGCUGGGGGUGGGUUUUGUGUGGGCGAUGGCUGGAGCUGAGAGUUUAGUGUAAGAUCUACAAAGCUCUGGUCGGUCGGUCGGUCGGUGCCUUGGACUCAGGAUGAGUGACGGUUUCAGCUCCUUCGUGGCCAUUGGUGUGAGCUUCUUUGUGAUCUUCGUGACAGCUGUGGUGUUGUGUCUGUGCUGCCCGUGCUGCAUCCUCUACAAGAUCGCACGGCGGAGCCGGCAACCCAUUGUGACCAGUUCCACCACCACCACUGUAGUGCAGCCAAUGGCUUAUCCACAGCAACCGCCCCACGGGUACAGCGGGUACCAGGGCUAUGCCCCCGCUCCCGCCCAGCCCCCGCCGGGCGCCAUGCCUUACCCCACAGGGGCCCCUUACCCCCCUCCUUACCCCACCCCUUACUCUGCUCAGCCCCCCUCAUACCAGGACACCGUGGCAAUCGGCUCCAAUGCUCCGUACCCCGGGGCAAACCCUCCCUACAGUGCUCCUGUCUACAACCCAGCUGCCCCCGCUUCCUACAGCCCCUCUGCUCCAGCUCCAUAUAAUCCAUCUGCUCCGGCUGUCUACAACCCCGGGGUUCAACCAGCGUACAAUCCUGCCUACGCACCACCAUCGCAGUAGUUGCUGUCCAGCCUCCCGUGCUGUCCCGAGAGACGCCUGUAAACGGUCCAGCCUCUGACGAUCCGGCAGGGAACUUUCAAUUCCUUUUUACCGGAUGGUUUUUACGGGAUUUUUUUUAUAGGAUGUUUUCCUGUGUCUGUGGGUGAUUGAGGGAGUUCCCUGCGGGGAGAGUGCUGCUGUGUUUGAGGAACUGCGAACAGGACGGGGCGAGGCUG